UCUCUCUCAUCAACCCUCCUCUCCUCUCCCCUCUCUCUCUAUAUUCUAUUUUCACACACUAAAACAGAGCAGCUCGUCAUUUCUUCAACAUCUCUGUGUAUACACUGCGUUCAGUUUAUUGAGAGUUUCGCAAAUUUACAGACAUAGUUUUUUCGCGAAAAAAGAGAGAGAAGAAAACAGAGCAAACGUAACAAAAACAGAGCAACACAAUUCAUACAUGAUAAUAAUGUCUACAGAGCAACCAAAUUGUUCAGAAAGUACUGAAUCUAGCUGCAACUCUUCUUCUUCUUCGUCGCCCUCAUCGCCAUCUUCCGUUCUUCUUCAGCCACUUCCACAAAUCAAUUCAAAAAAUCGACUCAAAAGAUGCAGAGGUGAAGAGGAAGUAGAAGAAGAAGAAGACGUGGUCGUUAAUAAUCCAAAUCCGAAGAAGAUGAAUAAAAACAACAACAAUGGCAGCAGUACUAGUGUUGUUUCUUAUGUAGGUGUACGAAUGAGAGCAUGGGGAAAAUGGGUAUCCGAAAUCCGUGAACCUAAAAAAAAAUCACGGAUUUGGUUAGGUACCUUUGCUACCCCGGAAAUGGCGGCGCGUGCUCACGACGUCGCCGCCAUGUCCAUUAAAGGUACCUCAGCUAUACUCAAUUUUCCCCAAUUUUCACAUUUACUGCCCCGACCCGUCACGUGCUCCCCACGUGACAUCCAAAACGCCGCCGUAAAAGCCGCUCACAUGGAUCACCUAAAUCCAAAAUUCUCAAUAUUACCCGAAACCUCUGCGGCGACGAUGACCUCAUCGUCAUCGUCGCUGUCGUUAGUUUCGGGCGUUACAUCCUCCUCGUCGUCGUUUCAAGACGACGAGGAGUCAAGACCGUCGCCUCCGGAGCUGAUUCCGGAGGCGACGGGGCAGUUGAGUGAGAUAGUGGAGCUGCCAAAAUUGGGAUCGAGUUACGAAUUGGUUGAAUCAACUCAGAGUUUAUUUGAAUCAGAUGAAUGGUGGGAUAAUAAUUAUGGAAAUUGUGAAUAUUUUUUUGGACAAGAUAAUUAUAUUAGUAGUAAUAUGGAAUUUACAGGAUUAGAAAAUGUGGUUUCAACCAGUUUUGAGAGUUUUUUAUGGCAACAUUAGAAUAAAAAAAAUAAUGUUUUUUCUUUUGAUAAUUAAUUUUACACUUUAUUUUUUUUUAUGUAAUUUAGGUGGAAAUUAUUGAUGAACUUUAUACGUUUCUUGCA